AUGCUGUGCCUUGCAGGAGUGCAGACAAAAAAGGUGCUGGAUCUGACGGCCAAGCUCAGCAAGGAGGCCGAGGAGCUACGGAUAGAGAGGGACCAGCUGCUUGAGCUGAAGAAGACAGCCAUGGCCAAUGCCGCUGCCCUCAAUGAGACGAUCCAAAAGGCAAAUCUGGCCAACGAACAGCUUCGGAUGGAGCUCAAGACGCUGGAGAUGGAGCGGAGGGCGGCAGAGGCAACGGCGCGCCAGGCCCAGACAGAGCUGAGGGCCGCGCAGGACGGCACGGCCUCCGCCCUGGCCAGCGCUUGA